AUGACAAUCCCCAUGGAGCAAAAGCGCCCCGUUGUCUGUGUCUUUUGCGGCUCCAAGCCCGGAAACAACCCUGCAUAUAUCGCUGCGGCGCGUACCCUUGCCGAAAUAUUCCACAGAGAAAAUAUCACCCUCGUCUAUGGCGGUGGCACAUCCGGCAUCAUGGGUGAAAUAGCACGGACCUUGGUAUCUCUCGCCGGUCCCGAGGCCGUCCAUGGUGUCAUUCCUUCCGCGUUGGUCAGGGUUGAAAAGGGCUACAAUGCCAGUGCAAUGCUAGCAGGAAACGGUAACCGCCAGGAGGAAAAGCUAAGCAAGGAACCCGAACGCAUCAUCCCGCAGUCUUCUUCAACGGAGAAGGUGAACCUGGAGUAUGGCAUCACCACCAUCGUUCCUGACAUGCAUACCCGGAAACGCGUGAUGGCGGAGAAAGUGAUGGCCGGUGGUCCUGGGUCCGGGUUUGUGGCUCUCCCUGGUGGCUUUGGGACUUUGGAAGAGGCGAUGGAGAUAAUCACGUGGAAUCAAUUGGGUAUUCAUAGUCGGGGAAUCGUCCUGCUCAACAUUGACGGGUAUUGGGACGGGAUCAUGAAAUGGGUCGAGCAGAGCGUGAAGGAGACGUUCAUUACUGAGGCGAAUAGUAAGAUCUUGGUGGAGUGCAAAGAUGCGGAACAUGUACUGCAGGCGCUCAAACAGUACAAGUUGAGCGAAGGAAGAUAUACCUUGGAGUGGGAGGGACCAAGAGAAGAGGUGAAGCCGCAGUGA